AUGGAAAACGAAGAUGAUUUAAAUCCCAAAGAAAAAUGGAAAAAAUUAGAAAAUAACGUAGAUGACACAGUUGAAAAUCGGGAUAAUGAACCAUAUGGUACUACGGAAGAAGACAUUGUCGAAAAAGAAGUUACGGAUCAGGUAGUGGACGAUGAAGAACCUUUUACAAUCUUUUCUGUCCCAGAAAAAUAUUUUUUAUCUCUUUUGGCAUCUUUUCUUGCCUUGUUUUCUGCUAUAUCCGUUCCAAUAUAUCUUCCUGUUCUCACUGAACUUGAAAGCUACUUUAACGUUGAUACUGAAAAAAUUAACUUAACUAUCGUUACCUACUCUAUAUUCCAAGGAAUAGCACCAGCUUUUUGGGGACCUUUGGCAGAUAAGUUUGGACGUCGUCCAAUAUACCCAUUAUGUUUAAUUACUUAUAUUGGUGCCAAUAUUGGUUUGGCCCUGGCAAAAUCUUAUGGAAUGCUUUUGGGGUUUAGAUGUCUUCAAGCAGCUGGGAUGGCUGCAGCUGUAGCUAUUGGUGCUGGACUUGUCGGAGACAUCACUCAAAGAAAAGAUCGGGGAACCUUUAUGGGCUUAUUUGGAGGCUUAACACUUUUAGGAAAUGCUGUUGGACCUUUAAUUGGUGCUGGGUUGGCCUCCACUUGGGUUUGGAGAUCAAUUUUUUGGUUUCUAGUUAUCUGCGCUUCUGUGGCAUUAUUGAUUGUUAUUUUAGUUCUUCCUGAAACAAACCGAUCAUUUGUUGGUAAUGGAUCUGUCAGACCUUACCGAAUAAUAAAUCUUUCUCCUGUCAUGGUUGCUCUUCAUGGAAAGCAACUUAUUAACUAUGAAACAGCAGUGGCUACUGGUAGAGGUCUAUUGAAUCCACCUAAGAAAUCGUCCAUUUUACGGACAUUCCAGCUAUUUUUAAAUAAAGAUGUGAUUUUAGUUCUUAUUCCUUCUGGGUUGCAUUACACUGCUUGGUUUGUUGCAUUAACCAUUCAGUCAACCUCUCUGACUCAAGAAUACCAUUUCACAACUAUCCAACUUGGCAUUUCAUACUUAGCAAAUGGAGUAGGAUCAGUUGCUGGCUCGGUCUGGGGUGGCCGGCUCAUGACAUUAUACUACAAAAGACGUGCCGCAAAAUUUAAAGAACAGUGGGUAUUGGAUCAUGGGAACGAUUCUAAACCAGAUCCUUUUCAUUUUGAUAUUAUUAAGACGCGAAUCAAACCUGGAUUUUAUCUUUCACCAAUCAUGGCAAUCACUUGUAUAAUAUUUGGAUGGACAAUUGAAAAGCAUGUCCAUUGGAUUGUGCCGAUUAUAAUGACUUUUUUUAUUUCAAUCACCGGAGUUACUUUUGUCAAUAUAUCAAAUACUUUAAUGGUGGAUUUAUUCCCUCAAGAAUCAUCCAGUGCAUCAGCUUGUGUUAAUUUAGUGCGAUGCUUAUUAUGUGCAGUUGGUCUUGCUGUCAUUGAUAGGAUGGAUUUAAAACUUGGCACUGGAGGUUCAAUGACUCUUAUUUCUGGAAUAUGCCUUUUGUCACUCAUAAGCUAUGCAGUUGAAUAUAAAUAUGGGUUAAAGUGGAAUCAAGAAAGAAAUUUUAAAAAUAAUGAAUCGGGUCUUCUAUGGUCUUGA